UUUAAAAAAAAUAAUGCUGGGGUGGAUGUUCCCAUUGGAGCGGGAGAAGCGAGCAUGGAAACAGGCUGGGGAGGGGGAAGCCAGCUCCGUCUUCCUCCCUCGCUCCGGCCGGUGGAUGUCCUGGUCUGUCUGCCUGGGGGGCGGCCAGAGGCCCCCGGCGGCGCCCCCCGCCCCGAGCAGCGCGCCCGCGGCGGCCGCGCGCCCCGGACCCGGUGCCGGGGGAGCGGCGCGCGCCGCGGGCGGCGGCGGACCAUGGAGCUGUCAUGGGCGCGACACAGCCUGGCGGGGAGACCGGCAGCGUGAUGAGUUCCACCCGUUCAUCGAGGCGCUGCUGCCUCACGUCCGCGCCUUCUCCUACACCUGGUUCAACCUGCAGGCGCGGAAGCGCAAGUACUUCAAGAAGCACGAGAAGCGGAUGUCCAAGGACGAGGAGCGCGCGGUGAAGGACGAGCUGCUGGGCGAGAAGCCCGAGAUCAAGCAGAAGUGGGCGUCCCGGCUGCUGGCCAAGCUGCGCAAGGACAUCCGGCCGGAGUUCCGCGAGGACUUUGUGCUGACCAUCACCGGCAAGAAGCCCCCGUGCUGCGUGCUCUCCAACCCCGACCAGAAGGGCAAGAUCCGGCGGAUUGACUGCCUGCGCCAGGCCGACAAGGUGUGGCGGCUGGACCUGGUCAUGGUGAUUUUGUUUAAGGGGAUCCCCCUGGAAAGUACUGAUGGGGAGCGGCUCUACAAGUCGCCCCAGUGCUCGAACCCCGGCCUGUGCGUCCAGCCACAUCACAUUGGAGUCACAAUCAAAGAACUGGAUCUUUAUCUGGCUUACUUUGUCCACACUCCGGAAUCCGGACAAUCAGAUAGUUCAAACCAGCAAGGAGAUGCGGACAUCAAACCACUGCCCAACGGGCACUUAAGCUUCCAGGACUGUUUUGUGACUUCCGGGGUCUGGAACGUGACAGAGCUGGUCAGAGUUUCACAGACUCCUGUCGCCACAGCAUCCGGCCCCAACUUCUCGCUGGCGGACCUGGAGAGUCCCAAUUACUACAACAUCAACCAGGUGACCCUGGGGCGGAGGUCCAUCACCUCCCCUCCCUCCACCAGCACCACCAAGCGCCCCAAGUCCAUUGAUGACAGUGAGAUGGAGAGCCCUGUCGACGACGUCUUCUAUCCCGGGACAGGCCGCUCCCCGGCGGCUGGCAGCAGCCAGUCCAGCGGGUGGCCCAACGAUGUGGAUGCAGGGAGCCCUCGGGCCACAGCGUCAGCGUUGCACUUCCCCUCCACAUCCAUCAUCCAGCAGUCGAGCCCGUACUUCACGCACCCGACCAUCCGCUACCACCACCACCACGGGCAGGACUCGCUGAAGGAGUUUGUGCAGUUUGUGUGCUCAGACGGCUCGGGCCAGGCCACCGGACAGCCCAACGGUAGCGGCCAGGGCAAAGUCCCGGGGUCAUUUUUGCUACCGCCGCCGCCUCCAGUGGCCAGACCUGUGCCCCUUCCUAUGCCUGAUUCCAAAUCCACCAGCACUGCCCCAGACGGCGCCGCCUUGACUCCUCCAUCACCUUCAUUCGCAACGACAGGCGCCUCCUCUGCCAACCGGUUUGUCAGCAUCGGACCCCGGGACGGCAACUUUCUGAACAUCCCACAGCAGUCUCAGUCCUGGUUCCUCUGAUAAGAUCGACAAAAGAAAUGACAAAAUGAAAAGAAGAGGUUCCUCAAACAGGGGGAGAAGAAAUUUUGAGACGCGGAAAAAAAAAAAUCCCCCAGCCCAGCCCAGCCCCACCGAAAAGCAAAAAGUAAACGUCGUCAGCCACUCAGCCCCUCUCUCCUCCAGCCCAGGGACCCCGAGGCCCCCCGCAGCACCCCAGGGCUCUGAGAGCCCUCGGAGGAGGCCUCGGCGGAGCUGUGCGCCAGCAGCCAAGCAGAAAGCAACAUGCAAAGCGGACUCUGCCUGGCAGAGGACAGAAAGAAAGGAUGCAGCAGAACUUCCUUCCUCCCCCAGCCCAUCCUGGCCUUCUGGGGAAGGAUCUUCAUCCCCAGACCAACCAACCAGCACCGUCCGAAGGGGCCUGUCCCCCACCCUUGUCCUUCCUGGGGGAACCCCACCCUCAGCUGGGGGUCAGAGCGCCCCUAGGGAGCUCAGAGGACUAGCUUGUCAGGAUGAGGGGUGCGGAUCCAGAGGGCACGUCCCCUCCAGAUCCCACCCAGUCCUCCCUCGCGGCCUGCUCCGGACGGGGUGAGGCAGGGUGGCCCCGGAGUCCCCCAGUCCCACCCUUAGGCUAGAUGUCCCCACCCCCAAACAGGGGGCGCCUCCUGGAGCUCCUUUCAUGCCCCCAGAAUGGAGGGUGUCCCAGCACCCCACACCCCUCUGUACAGUAAGGAGUCAGAAUGCUCUCCAAGGUCCAGUCCCCGGGUGGGACAGGCCCCCUGCCCCCUCUCUCCACAGGCAGGCCCGGGAGGUGGCCCUCUGCCGCCGCCCCAGUGAGGGGAGAUGGGCCCCGAGUCGCCCCCACACCUCAGCCCGCAUGCAGGUGCCCUUGUGCCGCCCCAGCGGUCCCUGCCCCUGCCCCUCACGCAGACAGCCCUGCCGUGGCCGGGCGGAGAGCGGAGCAGAAAGGGACCAGGAGCGGAGCGAGGAGGAAGGGCGGCCGCGGCUGCCCUCGCCUGAGCCGCCACCUGCGCUAGGUAGGCGUCCCGCCGGCCCCUUCCUGCCCUCUGGAGGGUGUUGGGUGUCAUCGUCCUCUUUUAAAAGCGUUUUGGAGCAUUCUCUCCCCCGCCCCUUUCCCCACACCCCUCCCUUGUGGCCCCUUCUCUCUGGAUUUCAGCUGUAAUGUCUUUCCUCUUUAUUUCGGGGUGGGGCAUUCAUCGUUUGGGUCUUCUGCUGUUGCGAUCGGGAACUCCUCCUCCACUGAAGCAACUUGGGAACAAUUUGGUCACACACCACAGGAAGUAGCCCCCCCCCCCAAGUCCCCUCCUCCCCCAAGGGAAGGUCGGGGACUGGGCAGAGGGUCCUCCGAAGCGGCCCUGGGAGGCAGGGGAGCAGGGGCACGCCCAGCCCCGUCCAGGGGUGUGACUCGGCCCCUCUGGCUUGUCUUUCUGUGCCUUACUCCCUCCUCCCCACAUCUCCCCUCCUUGGGCCCCUUCUAAGUCCUUGUGCCUCUCUCUCUCUCUUCUCUUUCUUAAAUUGUAUGAAAACACAAAGCACAGGUCAGGAUCCUCUGAAAGUCAAUCAGCCCAACAUUGCACGCAGGGGUGGGUUCUGGGUUUUAUUUAUUGUGAAUCUAGUGUGUGAGGCUGGGGCAGAGCAGGCGAGGGAAGGGAGGAGACGCGGGGGCCGGCUGGGAGGGGGGAAGAGGGCCUCACCUGGGGCUGCGGGGGGCCGGCGGGCGGCGCCUCCUCCCCAGCUGGAAGCCACAAGGUAGCUCGCUAGCCCUCGGGGUAGCUUUUGUUGGAAGUUGAGCAAAGGCCCUCCCUCCCCUCCCACCCCUAUGCGCUUGCAGCCCAGGGGAGGACGGGGACUGAGAAGCUGGGGGGCCCGGGGACCCCACGGGAGCCUGGGGGCGGGGGUCACGGGGAGCAGGGCGUGGGUGGGGGGCCGGGUGGGCCGGGCGUGACGCGCGGUCAAAGUGCAAUGAUUUUUCAGUUUGGUUGGCUAAACAGGGUCAGAGCUGAGAGGGGAGCGGGAGGGACCCCUGCCCUGCCGCACGCGCCCUCGGAGGAGACAAUCGGGCCGCGGGCGGGCGCGGGGGCGCGGGGUGUGCGGGGCGCCCGCCCGGCGAGGUCGGAAGCUGCGGGCCAGCUGGGCCGGGACGGCGGCGCCCGCGGGGCUGCCGGGGCCCAGGCCGGGGCGGGGUUCGCUCCGUCCCCCCAAGUGUCGCUGUGAGGCUCAGGCGAGAGGCGUCGAGGGCCCCAGGAGAGGUGGGGACGUGUUAGAAGAGAAAAAACGAGAAGAAAAAAAAAAAAAAACCCACAAAAAUAUAUAUGGGGGAAAUGAACUUUUUUUUUUUUCAUUGAACCAAGUGCAAUGCAUCAGAGAGUUUUCCUAUCUUUGUAUGUUAAGAGAUUGUUAAGAAAAGUUCUAUUUUUGUUGUAAGGUCCCCGCGGCUCUGGGGACGCUAAAAGAAACGGGCCUGCCCCGCCCUUUGCGGGGAUAACGAACGCUGAGUGUUUUUCCUUUUUUUUUCUUCUUUCUUUUUUAUUUUUGUUCGUUUCAGGUUUUAUUAAUUUUUUUUUUCGUUUUCUUUUUUUAAGUCGUUUUCCUGCGUUGACAAGGAUGAUCUGGGGUUUUUUGGUUUUCGUCGUUCGUUCUCAGUUUCGGUGGGAGGGCUGAAGGAAACGUUCACAUUUCAGAAUUUACAAAAUAAAAACACCUGAUUU